AUGAUGAACACUCCAACCUCACAUUCAAGAAAUUUACUUCGGAAUUCAUUAUGUAUUGAAAUUCUUCCGAAUCCAACAACAAUAAUAACAACACCCUCUUCAACUUUUCAAAGUAUUCACCAUCAUUCUUCAUCUUCUAAUUCAGUGUUAUUGACUUGUCCAUCACAUCUCAUGAAUCAUGAUGUUGCUUUGGGUCAUCAACAACAUGUGAGAAUGUCAUCUCCGUUAUCGAUCACGAGCUCAACCAAUGCUCGAGCGAGAUAUAGUGUUGUGACGUGUGGGGUGAGUGGGCAGCUGCCAAAUGUCACUACGGAUUGGGAUAUUAAAAAAAUUCAAGAGGAAAUUAGAAUGGAGACCAUGAUGAAUAAGAAUACUCAUACACCCUCUUCUUCAUCUACAGAUGUCUUGAUAUCUUCUUAUCUCAACACUGUUCCUUCAAAUAUCAAUUCUCCUACAGAUAUUCCAAUUUUGGACAUUAAAAAAACUGAAAACGAAUCCGAAGCUGAAAGUUUUCACAAAAUUAUCACAAGCUCACGAAACAGAUCAAGAACAUUUGAAAGUACUACUCCAAGUAUAUCACUCAACAACAACACAAUUGAAAAGAAAGAUUCCAGUGUUGACUUGGCUGCCAUUCCAAAUAUGUCAAAUUCCACAUCGAAUGGACAAGUCGUUGAAAACAUUGCUCUUUCACCCUUCACAAAAAUUGAUCAACCAGUUGCCAAUUCAAUUUUAAAAUUUUGUACCAUUUAUGAAUUCAGUGCUUUGUGUCGCGUCACACAACAAUGGAAUUAUUUCACAAAAAUUUAUUUGAAAGAUUUUGCAGAUUCUGAAAAUUUGAAAACCUGUCUUUCAUUACUGUAUUGUAAAUUAUCACAAUGUUUGACAGAUGUUGUGGAAUUUGAAGAUCGACCAUUGAAGAAGGUAUUUCAACAAUUGCAUCAACAUCGACAUUUGAUUACAAAUUUACCAAAAAUAGCAUCCACACCAUCCUCUAACACUUUUCCAUUGAAAUACAAACAAAACGUCACAGAUUCAAGUUCUUCAUCCUCCAACAAUUCUCAACAACAACCACUUCUUCCCUUACAUGAACUAUUUUAUGAAUCUUACAUUUCCUAUUUUGGUACUAUUGUUCCAAGAUUAGCAUGGCACAUCAGUCGAAAGAAUGUCAAGAAGAGAAUCACAUUCAAUGAAAUUCAAUUUCAUCUCACCGUAGAAAUGUUUCUGAGAGGAGACGAUGACAAGAUCAUUCCUAUCGACACGUACGAAAUUGAACAAUAUAUUCAAAAAACAUUUAAUUCGAGUUUUGCAGCACAACUCAUGACCUCCGUAUUUGCAUACUUUACUGUUUUCUAUAUGAGAUUUGAUGAAUUGAAUUUGAUUUCAAUGAAUACGGUCAUUGCAAGCAGUAGUGUGAGUUCUUCUCCAAUGUUACGAAAACACAGCAGCAGUUCAAAACAAAGUUCAUCUUCCACCAGCAACAAGAAGAAGAAAAUGUCAAGUUCUGAACAAGCCCUUAUGGUUGUUGUUGAUCAUGAUGAUGAAAAUAAUGACGAUGAAAAUUCAUUGAAGAACAGUCCAUCAUUAUCCUCUGGUCAACAACAGUCCUCAAAGAAGAGGAAAGAGAAGAAGAAUGGAGAUGACCAUCUGAUCCUCACAUCACCACCACCACCACCACCACAUGAAAGUCAUCAAAUAUUAUCUUGUUCACUUGGUCAUGUGGCCAGAAAAACCUUCUCUUCAGGAAUUCUUCCAACCUCUCGUCGAAGAGAUGAACAAAGUCCUUCCUUAAAAAAUUUAUUUAGCAUUUCACACGAUGAAAAACAACAACAACCACCAAAUGAUUAUUUGCUCUCACCUCAAUCUCCAAAGAUGAUGAUGAGAAAUAAUAGUAGUAGUAUGAACAGUAUUAAUAGUAUGAACAGCAACAAUCGAAGAGGAUCUCUACGUGAAAUGUCAUCUCCAAUGCAUGCAGGUGUUGGUUUAAAAUUCGAUCGAGGAGAAUUUCUCAUUUCACAACAACCACAACAACCACAAGGUGGUUAUUCAAUGAGUAGAGAGGAUUCACAAGUAAUGUCCACUGUCACUACAGAAGAUGAAGUGGAUGUAGAGGAUGGUGGUGCUACCAUGACGACUGUUAGUGCGACUACUUUCGAUACGUUUCUUCAUUCGUCUCGAAGAAGGUCGUCUGUGGUCUCUUCUUCGAAUUUACCAACUAUGGUUAAAUAUUUGGAAAUUGUUCCAAAAGCAAGCUGUGAAUUGGGUUACAUGUUUUUAUUGGACUUUUUUAAAAUUAUUUCAAGAUAUUGUAAGAAAACAAGUUUCAAUUUUUCCAACGUCUCAGAAGCUGAAAAAGCAAGAAUUCAUUACUUGUCAACUCUUUCCAUUUCUCCAUAUAGUGAUUCAGCAUCUGCAUUUAUGCCAAAUAUCGAUGAAGGACAAGUGUCACGAAAGAAUACUUUAAAAUUUAAAGGAGUUUGUCAUGCAAUGGCAGAUUCAGAAUUUAUCACAUGUUUAGUCAUGUCAGGAAAGGAAUGGAAUAGUGAAGAUGUGUGUCUACUUUUUAAUUCAUUUAAUUUAUUGGAAGGAAGAUCGAGACGUGAUCAUUACUGUGUGGAUUUGGUAUUGCCAAAUCAUAUUGAACUUAUGGAAGGAAAUCACUCGAAAAUGAUGCUCCCAAAUGAUGAACCAUUCGAUUCGACCCAUGAUGUGACAUUAUCAUUACCAAAUAUGAAUCUUGUCGAUGCCACAUCAUUGAUGAGUGACAGCAGCCAACCACAUAGACUAUCCAAUAGUGGUGGUGAGAGUGUUCUUCAACAUGCGCCAUCGGCAUCACUCCAUCAAGAGGAAAGUGAUACCAGAAUGGUGAAAUGGCCAUCCUUCCUUAAAACAGUAUACAUGACAGAAAUGAAUGAAUCUUUAAUAUUCCAUGAUCGAUGGUGUGGAGAAGGACCUAAAAUUAGAGAGAUUCAUUUGAAUUUAGGAAUGGCAGAUUCUUCCUUGUUAACAUUUGGUACUUUGAAUUAUUGUAAAAAGACAUUGAGACAUUUCUACAUUUCAGAUUGUACACUCAAUUACAAAAUUGGAUCAAAUUUUGUGAACGUGAUUAAGGAGUUAGAUUUAGAAACUCUUUCUCUGGAGAGAUUUCAUCUCGACAGUGAAAAUUGGAGAAUACUCUUUGAAGAUUAUUUACAAAAUUUCUCUAACUCAUUGCGGACCAUACGCCUCAUAGAUUGUAUCAAUCAAUUGUCUGAUGUUUCUUCAUUUGUUCACAACAUUCAAAUAAGAAGUAUUCAAUUAGAGAAAGUAGAAUUGAAACUCAAACACUUUGGAGAAGAAGAAAAGGGAGCAGUGAGUGGAUUGUUGGAACACUUGUUACUGAAUGGAAAUGCAAAAACAAUAAUUGCAGACUCAAUGUCCUCACUCAGCAAGUUAAAUAGUACUCUGUCGAGAAAGAAAAAGAAAGGUUGUAUUAUUUCAUAA